GAUUUAAACUUUUAGGGCAUUUUUUUUUAUUUUUAUUUAUUUUUUUAUGCUACAAAAAAUAAAAGAAAAAAGUUUUGGGAAGAGAGAAGCUCUGUGUUGUUUCUCAGCUUUCAUUCUUUUCCCGGAAAAUUCUUGAUCGAAACCUUUCAUCUUCUCAACACUGAUUCUGAAGCUCGUUACUAAUGGCGCUGUCAGAGUCAGACCUCCCAGCGAUAUACUCGUUCUUGACCAACUCAUUGAGUGGCGACGAAAACGUUCGUAAGCCAGCAGAGGAGGCUCUCGCUCAGUGCGAGUCUAGGCCUGGCUUUUGCUCUUGUCUUAUGGAAAUUAUAAGUGCCAAGCAUUUGGCCAAUCAGGUGGACGUUAGAUUGAUGGCCUCACUGUAUUUCAAGAACAGUAUUAAUCGCUACUGGAGGAAAAGACGUGAUUCUUCGGGAAUCAGCAACGAGGAGAAAGUACAUCUGAGGCAAAAACUGGUAUCCCACUUAAGAGAAGAAAAUUAUCAGAUAGCUCUCACAUUGGCUGUGCUCAUCUCAAAAAUUGCUCGAAUUGAUUAUCCAAUAGAAUGGCCAGAUCUCUUUUCAGUUUUAGCGGAACAACUUCGGUCAGCAGAUGCUCUCUCUUCUCACAGAAUCUUUUUGAUCCUCUUUCGAACCUUGAAAGAAUUGUCCACUAAGCGUCUAAUAGAUGGCCAAAGGACUUUUGCACAGAUAUCUUCCCAUUUCUUUGAUUAUAGCUGGCAGCUUUGGCAAUGUGACGUGCAGACCAUAUUACAUGGUUUCUCUACACUUUCCCAGAGUUCAAAUGCUCUAGAGCAUCAAGAGGAGCUUUAUCUUAUAUGUGAGCGUUGGUUGUUAUGCUUAAAGAUCAUAAGACAAUUAAUAAUUUCUGGAUAUCCAAGUGAUGCAAAAAGUGUGCAAGAGGUUAGACCAGUCAAGGAAGUUUCUCCUGUGAUCUUGAAUGCUGUUCAAUCAUUUCUUCCAUUCUAUUCAACUUUACAGAAGGGACCCGCUAAAUUGUGGGACUUCAUAAAGAGAGCAUGCAUUAAGUUGAUGAAGGUUUUAAUUAAAAUUCAAGAAACUCAUCCUUUUUCAUUCAGCGAUAAAAGUGUCCUUCCACUUGUCAUGGUUUUCUGUUUAAAUAAGAUAACAGAUCCUGAACCAGAUGCAUUAUCAUUUGAACAAUUUUUGAUACAAUGUAUGGUAAUGGUAAAAAGUGUGUUGGAAUGUAAAGAAUAUAAGCGAAGUCUUAUUGGUCGAGUAGUCGAAGAAAAUGGAGUAACACUAGAGCAGAUGAAGAAAAACAUAUCCAAUGCUGUUAAUGGUGUCCUAACUUCCCUCAUGCCAAGUGAUCGCAUACUACUUUUAUGUAACGUGCUAAUAAGAAGGUACUUUGUUUUAACUCCUCAUGAUCUGGAGGAGUUGUACAACAACCCUGAAUCAUUUCAUCAUGAGCAGGAUAUGAUUCAGUGGACGGAGAAAUUGAGGCCUUGUGCUGAGGCUUUGUACAUUGUUUUGUUUCAUAACCAUAGUGAGCUUUUAGGUCCUCUUGUGGUUUCAAUCCUUCAAGAAGCAAUGAAUGGUUGCCCAACAUCAGUUACUGAAAUCACUCCGGGGCUGCUUCUUAAAGAUGCUGCUUAUGCUGCUGCUGCAUAUGUUUAUUAUGAGCUUUCAAAUUACAUGACCUUUAAAGAUUGGUUUAAUGGUGCAUUAUCACUUGAUCUCUCAAAUGAUCAUCCAAAUAUGCGUAUCAUCCAUCGGAAAGUUGCAAUUGUAUUGGGACAAUGGGUUUCUGAGAUUAAAGAUGAUACUAAAAGACCAGUAUACUAUGCUCUGAUCAAAUUGCUACAAGACAAAGACCUAUCUGUUAGAUUGGCAGCCUGUAGGUCGUUGUGUCUGCAUAUUGAGGAUGCUAACUUUUUAGAAGGAGCAUUCAUAGAUCUUCUUCCUGUGUGUUGGGAUUCAUGUUUCAAGUUGGUCGAGGAAGUCCAAGAAUUUGAUUCAAAGGUACAAGUUUUGAAUUUGAUCUCCAUUCUGACAGGUCAAGUUAAGGAAAUUAUUCCAUUUGCAAACAAAUUGGUGCUAUUUUUCCAAAAGUUUUGGGAGGAAUCUUCUGGUGAGAGCCUUCUGCAGAUUCAACUUCUAGUUGCUCUCAAGAACUUUGUUGUUGCUCUAGGCUAUCAGUCCCCUUGUUGUUACAAUAUGCUACUGCCCAUUCUGCAGAAGGGGAUUGAUAUAAAUAACCCGGAUGAGCUUAAUCUUCUAGAGGACAGCAUGCAGUUAUGGGAAGCCACACUUUGUUAUGCUCCUUCAAUGGUGCCUCAACUAUUAGCAUGCUUCCCCUGCCUAGUUGACAUCAUUGAAAGAAGUUUUGACCACUUGCAGGUUAGCGUCAAUAUAAUUGAGGAUUACAUCAUUCUCGGUGGAAUGGAAUUUCUAAGUAUGCAUGCUGCCAGUAUUGCCAAACUUCUUGAUUUGGUUGUUGGAAAUGUCAAUGACAAAGGAUUGCUUUCAAUCCUUCCAGUCAUUGACACUCUCAUACAGUGCUUCCCAAUGGAAGUUCCUCCCUUGAUCAGCAGCACUUUGCAAAAAUUAAUCGUCAUAUGUCUGAGUGGAGGAGAUGAAUAUGAUCCAUCCAAGACAGCCGUUAAAGCAUCUUCUGCUGCCAUCUUGGCAAGAAUAUUGGUUACAAAUACCAAUUAUCUAGGUCAGUUGACUGCAGAACCAUCACUUUCCUUGCUUCUUCACAAUUCAGGUGUCUCAACCGAAGAAAAUGUUCUUUUUGGCCUGGUUGACAUAUGGCUUGAUAAGGUCGAUAAUGUAUCUGCCAUUCAGCGUAAGACAUAUGGCCUAGCCCUGUCAACAUUUCUGAAACUUGGAUUGCCUAAAAUUUUAGAAAAACUUGAUCUAAUCUUGAGUGUGUGUACAAGUGUAAUCCUGGGUUGCAAUGAAGAUACGACUGAAGAGGAAUCCAGUAACAGUGGUGAUAAUAUGGGCUCCAGCAGGCCUCAUGGUGAAGGCACCAUUCCAAAUAAGGAGUUCCGGAGAAGACAGAUAAAAAAUUCAGAUCCUAUUUAUCAGUUGUCGCUUGAGGCGUCUGUGAGAGAGAAUCUUCAAACCUGUGCAGCCCAAUAUGGAGAAUCUUUCAAUUCAGCCAUUAGUAGCAUGCACCCUGCGGCACUUGCACAAUUAAAGCAGGCAUUGAAGAUGCCAUAGCUGGGUGAAGAGUGUCUUCUUCUGAUUCUUUUUUGGUCACAGAUUCAGGCACCCUUCUAUAUGCUCUCCACUGCUCCAAAAGUUGGGAGAUAUAGGGCACAUUUGAAGUUUGAGGCUUUCUGGAUGGGUGGUUUUUUUUUUCCCUACAUUCUUUUUUUCUUUUCCAUGUAAUUGCUCUGGUUGGAUUUUGCUUCUAGUUUAUAUAUCUUGAAUCUCAUUUGUAUAUGAACAAGAAACUCUGUAAAUAGGUUGUCAAUCUUUUUGUCGUUGUAUACAAGGUGAGAUGUGCACAGAGGGUUGCGGCAUAGAGUUCAACUGGAAACAAAUUAUACUAAAAUCUUUACAGGAAUGAGAAUUGGAAUGGCUAGUGAUGUGGUUCA